AUGGACGCCUCGUCUUCAAGCUUCAAGCACCACACCAGUUCAACGGAGCCCCUGAUCAAACCAGACUCGUCUACAACUACCAUGACCAUCCUCAUCACUGGCGGCACUGGCAAGACCGGAUUAGCUCUCGCGCAUCUCCUGCACGCCGCCAACCACAACGUCCUCAUCGCGACCCGCAAGGGCGUCGCGCCAGAGCCCUUCAAAGCCAUCACUUUCGAUUGGAGUGACCAUUCGACGUUCGAGAACCCCUUCAAGGCCGAUGCGCACAUCGACCGCGUCUACCUUAUAGCGCCCACUGUCAUGGAGCCGCUUGUCGACAUGAAGCCCUUCAUCGACCUUGCGAUUACCAAAGGCGUCAACCGCUUUGUCUUGGUCACGGCGACGCAAGCAGACAAGGGAGGUCCGAUCUACGGCAAGGUCCACGAGUACCUUGUAGACAUUGGCGUUGAUUACGCCGUCCUGCGCCCGACAUGGUUCAUUGAGAACUUUGGCAGCUACGCCUACAGCAUUCGGGAGAACAACGAGAUCGUAUCGGUCACCAAGAACGGUCGCAUUCCCCUCAUUGGCGUCGACGACAUUGCACAAGCCGCCUUCGAUGCCUUGGUCGCUGAGAAGAGCCCCAACACCGACUACUACGUGAUCGGUCCGGAAUUGUGGUCUUACGACGAGGUGGCCGCUGCAUUUACUGAAAUUCUCGGCAGGAAGAUCACCCACAGACAUAUCACGCACGAGGAGCAAGUCGCUUUGUUCAAAAUGUUCCUCCCUGCAGAGUAUGCUGUGCUCUUAGCCAUGAUUGAGGCACGCAUCGCGGACGGGGUCGAGGAGGCAAUUGUUGGUGACCCCAAGGCAAUUGUGGGCAAAGUGAAGUUGCGCGACUAUAUCAAGGCGAACAAGAAACUUUGGAUGAAGGAUUAA